AUCAAACUGUAGGCAUGUUGACAAUCCCUGAUCUGUCUGACAUCACGGAUAUAGCCAGGCAAAGUGCGAAUGCGACAUUCAGUCAUUUAUAUGAACAGAGAAGAGAAUACAACGCGAGUUUGUUGUGUGCCACAUAGAGAUUUCAAGCCUAUUCAAAUAUCUAGUACUAAAUUUAGAAUCUUUCACCUUUCGGCAUGUUUGCGAAAUACGUCAUUUUGUUGUGGGUUAUCUCUUCUUUAGAUUGCUUUCUAAAAGUGAAUUCCCAACAGCCUUCCAGGAGUUGUCUUGCUGGUAUCCAAGCUUGCUAUCAGAGUGGUAUAGCUAGAAUUGCGUCUAAUAUUAGAGAUCCUGAAUUUAUUUGUAAACAGAAACGCUCAUUUCUAGUGUGUGUAUUGACACCGAACUGUCCAGCAACAUUUGACAGAGGAUAUGCUUCAGUAAUAGAAAAACUUGACAAUUACUUUAGCCUAGUUAAAUAUCCAUGUCCCUAUACAAAAGAAGACGCCUUAGAAGAAUUGAAGCGAAACAGCGCUUUUCGACAGAAUUCAAGCUAUUUCUCUGUGAUCUUAUCGGGAUUUUUAAUACUAGCAUUGAGAAGUUUAUAAAAUAAAAACGGGUUUAGACCAGUGACCAUCUAAUUCGAGCUACGGACCUAUUAAUUUCCGGCACUCGUAUCGAGGACCACCGAAAAUGAAAUGAAAUUGACCUGAAACAACUUUAUUAGAGACCUGUGGAUCUAGUACUUACAUUCAUUAAUGGCAUAUCUGAAACUUAUAUUUUUUUUACCCGUCUAAAGAUGGUCUUACUUUUCUACGUAGAACAUUGUAGCUAGCUUAACAGCGACUCAUUUUCGUGUCUCUUUUUGGUAAAUAGUCUUAACGAUCCUUCAAUCUCUAGGCGAAGUUUUACAAUCGUUUACUCACGGCUGAAACCAAGAGUACCAUUUUUUGUUUGAUAAAUGGAUAUGUCGUUGUUUUAUUUAAACAGCCCCACCACUAUCCUUAUAUAACAAACGCGUUGGCUUAUUAUCAUGUUCCACAAAAAGUAAACAUCGUUCACUUUUCCUGGUAGAUUCUACAUUUAAAGUCCACUUGUAGUUUUUUAUGCUCUCCCAUUUCAUAAUACGUACAAAUGUUAAAGGUCAUAGUAUCAAUCCGAGAAAAAAAUGAGGACCCUUAACCGUUUCUUGGAAAGGGGAUUUUCUACACUUUGUGCCGACGUUUCGGCGGGCCGGAUGAAACCACAUCACGGGCCAGAUGUGUCCCGCGGGCUGUAUUUUGGGCAUCACUAGCUUAGAGACAUAACAGUUGAGCAAAGGGAAACUUUACUUUUUACUACUACCAACCUCUCUAAGAAAGUUAACGUCUGCUACCAACUUCUCUAAGAAAUCUAACGUCUGCUAUCAACCUCUCUAAGAAAGUCAAGUAUGCUACCAACCUCUCUAAGAAAGUUAACGUCUGCUACCAACUUCUCUAAGAAAUCUAACGUCUGCUACCAACCUCUCUAAGAAAGUUAACGUCUGCUACCAACUUCUCUAAGAAAUCUAACGUCUGCUAUCAACUUCUCUAAGAAAGUUAAGUCUGCUACCAACCUCUCUAAGAAAGUUAACGUCUGCUACCAACUUCUCUAAGAAAUCUAACGUCUGCUAUCAACCUCUCUAAGAAAGUUAAGUCUGCUACCAACCUCUCUAAGAAAGCUGACGUCUGCUACCUUCAAAAAGUCCAGUAGGGAAUCGUCGCCGAAGGCGCCAAUAUCCCGUUGAUUGUUUAAAAGGCUUUUAUCCAACAACCAGGCCUGGACAUUGGGCUCUUCUCCCCUGCCCAUUUCCGCGGAGGCGCCGCGCUGAGGCGAUGGGUAGCUGGCAUCUUCGAACGUCUCUAACCUCUCUAAGAAAGCUGACGUUUGUUUACAAAUAAUUCUAUGUCCUUAAUAAUUAAUUUAAUGAAGUAUAUUUGAGAAACAAGGUCAUCUUUCCAAAAUUUUGUCUUCAAAUUCUAAGAUGGCGGCAACCACAUUUUUUUUUAAGAUUAUGAAUUUAUGCGUUUAUGUUAAUGCUUAGGGACUAAUGGUCUCAAUUAUGAAAUCAAAUAUUUUAUUAUUUUAUCAUUUAAACAAAUGUAAAAAAAAAAGCACAUAUACGUAUGAUAUGCAUUCUUUUUUACCAUGGCUUUAUAAUGAAUUCAGCAAAACGUUUGCUUCACAUUAACAUGAUUUAUUACAACUUUUUCAUGACAACACACCUUGAUCAUGACUUUAUAUAUGAACUCUCUAUGACUUUAUCAUAUAAACAUCGUGAUUUCCUUUUUUUAACCUCAGCAAAAGUUUGUUCACUUUGAGAUUAUAAUAUUAUUUUUCCAUUUUUUUUACAAAUUAUUUUGUUCAUUUGUUGCGAACAAGUUCUUAAUGUAGUAAUCAGUUUUUUAAAUUAUUAUUUAUUUUUUAUUAUUUUUUGCAUCAUUUUAGAAAUAUUUGUUUGCUCUGCUUUUGUUUUUAUUCUUAAUAAAUCUCUUCCUUGGCUGAAAAAUUCUUUUAGGUCCUAAUUUACGCUUCUUUGUAAGUUUUACUAAUCUUACACGAGUAAUGAAUUUAAAGAAGUAAUUUGUCAUUUUUUUCAAAGCUUAUUAAAUCAAUUCACUUUGUCUGCCUGUCCGAGUCUUCAAAAAAUGUGUGCGUUAUUUCUCCCACACCCAUUCUCGGAUCAAGCUGAAAUUUUGCACAAUUUUUUUUUACCUGACUACACAAGAAUCAAUAAAAAAAAAACAACCAAUUAGUUAAUUAACUAUUGGUAAUUAAUUAUUUUUCUUGGUAUCUCAAACAAGGGUAAAAAUGUGUACUUAAAUGAAGCUGUGGUAUAAGUACUGUAUAAGCUCAAUUAGUUCACUUUAUAGGUCAUCGUCUAAGUCGUAGUGAACACCACAUGAAAAAUAGGACGAAACUAUGAGAAACAUAGAUAACUAUACUUUCUUCCAUCUAGUUUUAUGUUCGUAGGUUCUCUACUAACAGAGUGGUUAACGUGUUGGCUUUAGAAGCCUGAGAAGAUUUGAGUCAUGAGUUCGAAUUUAGGUCGUUUCCUUUUUUUAAUUUGCAUAAUUGGUUUUUUAUUGUUAGUCUAGAGUGUAGAUCUAUUAAACAUUUAAUGACAUGACUGAUCCAAACUGAUUGAUACAAUUAUGCUUAACAUAAGCUUUUUUUUUUUCUUAAAUGCAUUUUUCUUGUUUUUACUGUAUCUAAUAAACAACAAGUACUUUUAGAGUGUCA